AAAUAGAAGCUCUGUACUAUGUCACUUACUUCAUAUGUCGGUUGAAUCAAACUGAAUUUCCAUGUGACUUCUUUUAAUACCUCUGUGUUUGCUACUUUUUCUCUAGGGAAAGAAAGAAAAAUGUGUUUGACAGUUACCCAAACUGUAAUGGUUUUGGUGCUAAAGUAUAGCAAUUUUUAUCCAGGCUGUGGGAAGCUGUGAUAUUGCAAAGAUACUAAUGUGCUUGUUUGUGACAACUGCAUAAUGAUAAUAGUAAAUGUGUUAUGAAUUUAGCUAAUUAGUCAUAUGAAUGCUCCCACAGGUUGUUUUGAAUUUCUUUCAGAAUGCUUGGUAUCUGAUCUAAUUUGUUUUAUGACUCUUUCCAAGAGAAUUUGGUACUAAUAAUUUGCUGUUGUUACUCAUAAACCUUUUGUAUUUCAAAUUUUCUUAUUUUUCUGUACAACUAGAAUCUGAAAAGCACUGACAGUGAGGAAAUUUGGGGUUUAAAACUCUAAUUAUGUCAUACUGUAUUUGUUUGGGUGUUCUGGGGACUUGCCUGCAUUUGAGAGGUUCAGUAAGGUGCAUAUAAAGAUUUCAUUUGUGUACUGAGUUUGUUGCAGUGCUCAAUCCUUUGUUGCCCACAAAGAUGUUGAACAACAUUGGUCCCAACACUGACACCUGAGGGACAGCACUCACUGGUCUGCACUGGGACAUCAAGUCGUUGACCGCAACUCUUGAGUGCAAUUCUCCAGCCAAUUCCUUAUCCACCGAGUGGUUCAUGCAUCAAAUCCAUGUUCCUGCAGUUUAGAGAUGAGGAUGUUGUUCCUGAAGGGCAGAUGGGAUUUCUAUCAGUAGAGGCUUUUAAGAACUUGUUAGCCAAGUGGCUGUGAGGAGUGUCACAAAUACAGACUAGUCCUGCUCUGUGGUCGGCAGCACAAGCACAAGUCUGUACCUUCAAGUGGUUCUUAUGGUGAAGUUGUUUGUUUGGUGGUGUUGCUCUUCACCCCCUGAAGUUGCAGAGGAGAGAAGUUGUUUCUGUACUUAUCUAGAAAGACCUGGACUCCUGCAUUGGUUUAUGAUAGUCAAAAUAAUGAUACCUGAUCCCUUUCAAUAUAUUGUGUUACAUAGUUGAAGAAUUGGAUUGACCACUCUUUCCUGGGCACAGAGUUGCAAAUUAAGGUAGGAUAUCUUUAGAUUUUGCAACGGGAGACAACUCAUUUGUCCUGUAUCCACCACAAACUCUUAAUCACUUUAGAAUAGUGAAAUUGUUCCCAAAUCUCUGACAGAUUGUUUUUAGUGUUAAACAAUAAGCACAAGCAAACUCUUGCUUUCCAGAUGUCAUCAUGCAGAGUGCCAGUGAGUGAUGGAGGGAGUAGCCAUCAUUUGCUGUUGGACAUGGUUGCAGGCUCAAAUCUCUGAUUUGGAAUAUCAAAUAUGACAGCAGAUGGAUAUCUACAAGAAACAUUGUGCUGCCAAGUAUGUUCAAGCAGAUGCUCCUACCAAUAAAACACUGGCUGGCCUGGUGGUGCAGCUGCUGCAAUUCCAGGAAGAUGCCUUUGGAAAACAUGUCACCAAUCCUGCCUUCACAAAGCUUCCUGCAAAGUGCUUCAUGGAUUUCAAAGCUGGAGGUACAUUAUGCCACAUUCUUGGUGCUGCUUACAAAUUUAAGAAUGAACAGGGCUGGAGAAGUACCUUUCCUCGUCAUAAUAGGCGGAGGUUUGACCUGCAGAAUCCAUCCCGAAUGGAUCGAAACGUGGAGAUGUUUAUGAACAUUGAGAAAACACUAGUGCAGAACAACUGUCUGAGCAGACCAACCAUCUACCUCAUUCCAGAUAUAGAAUUGAAGUUGGCUAAUAAAUUGAAGGAUAUUGUCAAACGUCACCAGGGAACAGUAACUGAAGAGAAAUCGAAGGCUACCCACCAUGUUUAUCCAAGUCCUACCUCAAUGGAUGAUGAUGAAUGGUUGAGACCUGUGAUGAAAAAGGAUAAGCAGGUUCUGGUACACUGGGGCUUUUUUCCAGACAGCUAUGACACUUGGGUUCAUGCCAAUGAAAUAGAUGCUGAAAUCGAGGAUCCUCCAAUUCCUGAAAAGCCAUGGAAGGUUCAUGCCAAGUGGAUUUUGGACACAGAUGUAUUCAAUGAAUGGAUGAAUGAAGAGGAUUAUGAAGUAGAUGAGAACAGGAAAUCAGUGAGUUUUCGACAGAGAAUCUCCAUGAAAAAUGAAGAGCCUGUCCGUAGUCCGGAGAGGAGAGACAGAAAAGCAGCAGCAAGUACAAGGAAGAGAAAGCAUUCUCCUUCUCCACCCCCCACUCCUGUGGAGUCGAGAAAAAAGACAGGGAAGAAAGGACAAGCAGCCUUAUAUGGAAAAAGGAGAGGGCAGAAAGAAGAAGAUGAGCAAGAAGAUCUUACAAAGGACAUGGAGGAUCCCACACCAGUACCUAAUAUAGAAGAAGUGGUACUUCCCAAAAAUGUGAACCCAAAGAAAGACAGUGAAAACACGCCUGUGAAAGGAGGAACAGUAGCAGACCUUGAUGAACAGGAUGAAGAGACAGUGGCGACUGGAGGAAAGGAAGAUGAAGAUCCUAACAAAGGUGAUCAAAGUCGCUCAAUUGAUCCAGGUGAAGAUAAUGUUACAGAACAAACCAACCACAUCAUUAUUCCAAGCUAUGCAUCUUGGUUUGACUACAACUGUAUUCAUGUGAUCGAACGUCGUGCUCUUCCUGAAUUCUUCAAUGGAAAAAACAAGUCUAAGACUCCAGAAAUAUACCUGGCUUACCGCAACUUCAUGAUUGACACCUAUCGCUUAAACCCUCAAGAGUACUUGACCAGCACUGCCUGCAGAAGGAAUCUGACUGGAGAUGUGUGUGCCGUCAUGAGAGUACAUGCUUUUCUGGAGCAGUGGGGUCUCAUUAACUAUCAAGUGGAUCCAGAAAGCCGUCCCAUGGCAAUGGGCCCUCCUCCUACUCCUCACUUCAACGUGCUAGCUGAUACACCCUCUGGACUCAUGCCUCUCCAUAUCCGCACUCCGCAGGUUCCAGCUGCUCAGCAGAUGUUGAGUUUUCCAGAGAAAAACAAGGAGAAACCAACUGAUCUGCAGAACUUUGGGCUUCGCACAGACAUAUACUCAAAAAAGACUUUAGCAAAGAGUAAAGGUGCAAGUGCUGGGAGAGAAUGGACAGAACAAGAGACAUUGCUGCUAUUAGAAGCUCUGGAGAUGUACAAAGAUGAUUGGAACAAAGUCUCGGAGCAUGUUGGGAGCCGUACCCAAGAUGAGUGCAUUCUCCAUUUUCUGAGACUUCCAAUUGAAGACCCUUAUUUGGAGAACUCCGACGCGUCUCUGGGCCCACUGGCGUACCAGCCGGUCCCCUUCAGCCAGUCUGGCAAUCCAGUAAUGAGCACCGUUGCUUUUCUGGCAUCUGUGGUGGAUCCCCGGGUGGCAUCGGCCGCAGCAAAGGCUGCAUUAGAGGAGUUCUCUCGUGUCAGAGAGGAGGUACCGCUGGAGCUCGUCGAAGCUCACGUAAAGAAAGUACAGGAAGCAGCAAGAGCCUCUGGGAAAGUGGAUCCAACAUACGGUCUAGAGAGCAGCUGCAUUGCUGGAACAGGUCCAGAUGAGCCAGAGAAAAUUGAUGGAGCUGAAGAAGAAAAGAUGGAAACAGAGACAGAUGGGCAACAGCCUGAGAAGGUUGAAAACAAAGCAGAAAAUGAAGUUGAGGAAGGUGAUAAAGUACAAGAAGGAGAGAAUGAGAGGAAUACAGAAAAAGAGCAAGAUAGUGAAGUGACUGCAGACACUAAGCCAGAAGAGAAGGAGGCAGAAGAGAACAAGGAGAACGUUGAUGCAAGCAAAGACAAAGAAAACGAGGCUGGGAAGAAGAAAGUGGAACAUGAAAUCUCGGAAGGAAAUGUAGCUACAGCUGCAGCUGCUGCCCUUGCCUCAGCUGCCACCAAAGCAAAGCACCUAGCAGCAGUGGAAGAAAGAAAGAUCAAGUCCCUGGUCGCCCUUUUGGUGGAAACACAGAUGAAGAAGCUGGAGAUAAAACUUCGCCAUUUUGAGGAGUUGGAAACUAUUAUGGACAGAGAGAAGGAGGCGUUAGAGCAGCAGAGACAACAGUUGCUAACAGAACGCCAGAAUUUUCACAUGGAACAGCUGAAAUAUGCUGAAUUAAGGGCUCGUCAGCAAAUGGAGCAGCAGCACAGUCAAAACCCACAGCAGCCUCACCAGCACUCUAGUGGGCCUGGGAUGAACCCCCUUGGGGCACCAGCACAUCCAGGCUUACUGCCUCAUCAGCAGCCCCCACCAUACCCUAUGAUGCACCACCAAAUGCCACCACCUCACCCACCACAGCCAGGUCAGAUUCCAGGGCCCGGUUCGAUGAUACCCGGACAACCCAUGCCAGGCCGGAUGAUGCCAAAUGUGGCAGCCAACAUCCAUCCAGCUGGCGGUGGUCCCCCCCCACCUGGCAUGUCACCGAUGACAGGAAAUUUGAUUGGACCUCGUGUUCCUCUAGCAGCUCCGAAUGGCAUGUAUCCCCCUCCAGCACAGCCACCUCCACCAGCAGAAGGAGUGACUCCACCUCCAGCAGCAGCCCCGCCAGCCUCAGCCGCUCCCUAAAGCAGUCAAGGAAGAAGGAACUUCUACAGCAACAUAGUGGUGACCAAAAAUGAAUUCCUCAGUUACCUCCUGUUCCCCUAGGAGGUGUUCACCUCCUGUUGGCCUGCCCCGGUUGUGUAUGUGUGCAUAUACAUACAUGAUACAAGCACAUUAUACACAGCAUCUGCCCACCACUAUGACUACUCGGAACCUGGCAAUACUCCGCAUUCCUUUGGGAAAGCUUUAGAUCAAAGACGCCAGUCGUGCCUCCAUGUUGCUGGUGGGAAGUCCUUUAUGCUUUGGUCUGCUUGCCUUUCAGGGUGUGCUUGACUCUGGUUUCUUUCAUCUUGGUGUUUUGAACUUUGGGUUCUCCUGGGGAGGGUGAAAAAGAACCAAGCUUGCACAGUGGAGGCAUUAGCUGAGCUUUAGGAUGUAGCAUGUGCCCGUUCCACCUGUGAUCUAAUGUUUUGAGUCCUCCAGGUAGAGCAAAGCAUCAAGGUUGGAUGCCAAACCAGUGUUUUGAACAGAGAAGGAAAAUAAGGACAUGCUGUAGCACAGAAGGUGUAGGAAUGCCGCUGUGUUCAUUACAGAUAUCAUUAAGGACAGUAGCUGAGUCCUGGGGCUGCCUCGCUAACUUAUUAAAGAAAAUAUUGAUCCAGUGCAAAUGAAGCCAGGAGUGAAUCAAUUGGAAUAAAACCACUCAACGGUAGGAGUUUUCUUGCUCCAGUUUUUACCUUUCUUUUGCCUUUGAAGGUGGUAGUUGAACCUCUUGAGUAGUUUGGUACAGUAGCCAACUGAGGAAUAAACCCAUGAUUUUUAGUCCCUCUUUUUGGAGCAUAUACUUUUUACUUUUUAAAAUGAACAAAACAAACAAAAAAAAAAGUAGAUAGCGAAGAAGUGCUAGCAUUUGGGAUUGGGUUGGGAUGGCUGGGAUGCAAAUGCCAGAACUACCUCCUGUGGACAGCCGAGGUGGGCAGAGUCAGCGACCGUGGUCACGUCUCCAGGACAACUGACACAUCACCUUCCACUCACUGAGCUUCCAUGGCUGGGGGGUUUAGGUGUGAGGGAACAGCUUCAGCAGGCAGAUCUAGGAGCACUCAUUGAGACCAUCACACACAGACCUUCAGGCUGCCAACAGCUGCCUGUUUGCUCAUCAUUAGUGACUGCAGAAAACCUUUUGCCCGUUGUGGUUUGAGUUCUCUGCUCUCUUCCUGGUAUAAGAGCGUUUGCCAGGUUUCCUUGCAAAUAGUCUGGUGUCUGCUUGCUUGUUUAAAGGGUGGCUUUCAGCAACCAAGUGCAAGGUGGUGGCCUGAGGAUUGACCGGAGAGAGAGCUCUCAGAUAAAUCUGAAGCCUGCAGAACCACCUAUACCAUUAAAACCAAAAGGAUUUCCUUUGAAGAGCACUCAGGUGAUCGACUCAUCAAUGCUAAUGGUUGAACUUCCCAGGUCCUAGGAGCGCAUGAGUGCAGAUUAACCAGUUCUGGGCUGCAUGCUCAGAUGAACAUCCGCAGCCUUGUUACUUCCAGCACAUAGGAAUGACGCUUUCCACUGUCAACUUCUAAGAAUCCACAGUGCCUAGCAGAGAACAGUCAGGGCCUGCCUGCCUUCCACCUCCCACAAAGGAAAUUCAGCCCCAACGUUACCUUUCCCUCCAGGGUCUUUGGGGUGAGCAUAGGAUUUUCUGGUUCAAACCGUAGUCCAGUUUAGAAUAACCUCAGGUUGUUUUUAGCGUGAUCAAAUACAAAGGAUCCAGAUGGAGACUAUUUUUUACUGUACUAGUGAUGAUCCUACAGAGUACCUGAAUUCUUGACACUGUUGUGUUUCUGUAUAAAUAAUACAUGUGCUGACUUUUUCAUCUGAUCCUAUGUACAGGGCCGGUUUUAUUCCUGCAACACAGCCUCCCAAUUUUGUGAAAUAAAUCGAAAAACAACGUGGUUUUUGUACAAAGCUUG